AUGCGACGAGAUCUACAAGAACGCCCCGAGAUGCUCACUCGGACGAACUGGAAAUCAUGGAAGAAUGAGAUCGAGAAACACGCCCGAAAAGAGGGAGUCUGGAAGUACUGCAACCCCGACGCCCCAAGUGAGUACUAUCCAGAGCUCCACGAACCCGAGAAACCGCACGUUUCCACCGUCCGACCCGAAGCAAAAUCCAUCGUUGACCUUGGAGAGGAUGACUUCAUCGAACUAUCCUCGAUCGUGGACCAAUACUGGAAGCAGAUGCGCGCAUACGAAAACAUUCAAACAAAGCUACAGGUCAUCUUUGAGCUGAUAGAAAACAAUGUCGAUUACGAACACUUCUCUCUCAUUAAGCAUGCAGAAACACCGCUUGAGCAGAUGGCGGUUCUAGCCGCUAAAUCAAGAAAUCUCGCCUGGAGGAUCUGCAGCCAAGAUGGGAAGGAUGCCUUUUGGGAUUGUGUCGAGACAGCGGGAGAUCCCUUGGAGAACUGGCUACCUCUCACUUCCCAACACUGGAUUGAGACACCCGACUAUGUUGAGUCGAGGAGCUAUGGGGAUGGCUGCGCUCAACCUCGUUCACCGACGGAACAGGAGUCUGUCACUUCGCUAGACUGGAUUGAAACCCCUGACGAUCUCCAACCAAGGAACUAUAAGGAUGACUGCGCUCAGCUUCGUUCACGGGCUAGACGGGGAUCUAUCGCUUCUCGAUACCGUAAUGGCUACUACGAUCCUGUGGUGUCAACUGGUCGUACGUCACUGAGCCCUCAAUCCGGUUUUGCAGCUGGUCAGAGUGAUCACAUUGAAGAGAUCUCUGGGGACGAUUUGGAGAUGGCGGGUCUUCCGCAACGAUCGAGACUGUCCCGGGCGAAAGAAGGCGAAAACUAA